AUGGGAGGCCGUGGAGAGAACGGGACGAUUGACGGCAACGGCAGGCCGUGGUGGGAAGCCAUGGACAGGAAGAGCCUGCACCACAUGCGACCCCACGUGAUAGAGAUCCAGAGCAGCUGCCACGUGGCAGUGUCCCAUUUGACGCUGGUCAACGCGCCCUUCUGGUUCAUCCGCCCCCUCUACUCCUCCCGCCUCUCCUUCCGCCAUCUCACCAUCUCUUGCCCCAGCAACGUCAGACAGACGGACGGGAUUGACCCAGACUCCAGCACGCAUGUGCUUAUAGAGGACUGCCACGUCAGCACGGGAGAUGACGCUGUGGCAAUAAAGAGUGGAUGGGACCAGUACGGGUACAACGCCCACCCGCCUGCACCCUCUGCUGACAUCACAGUGCGCCGAGUCACCGUGCAGGUGCCACCUGGCAGUGGCGGCGUGGGCCUCUCGAUCGGCAGUGAGAUGAGUGGAGGCGUGCAGAGAGUGAGGUUUGAGGACUGCCGUGUCCUCGGGGCUGACGUGGGCAUCAGAAUCAAAUCCGCUGCCGGCCGAGGCGGGUUCGUUAAGAAUGUUUCAUUCGUUCGCACUUAUGUACAGGAUGUGAAAGUAGCUUUCACCAUCACCUCGUUCUUUGGUCACGGGGAUCCCCCGGGGUUCGACCCUCAUGCACUGCCAAUUAUCCAAGACAUUACUGUAGAUGGGCUUACAGGAGAUAAUAUCGAUCGGGUUGUGAAGAUAGAAGGGUUGCAAGAGCAACCUAUAAAGGGGGUGACUGUAUCGAAUGUGGAUGUGAAGUUGAGUGAGAAAGCACGGCCGGGGAAGGCAUGGCGGUGUAGUGGUGUCGAGGGGGGUCGGGUAUCAAAUGUUUCGGGGAGUUCGCCCAAUAAAAAGCAGUGUACUGGGAUGUCAUGGGACACGCCUCCAUAG